AUGGGCAGCAAUACACAGGGUCACAGGCAAGUUGCCAACAUUUAUGAAUCCAAUCAACAAACUGGUCUCCAUGCUUACAACCACGGACAGCCAAGCAGCCCUGAAGGCGCGCGCCCCCAAGUCCUAAACCUCAAACUCCGAAAGCUUAAAACCCUACACCCUCUGCGCGGUCUCCAGGAUCAAGGCCUACAGAUCCCGAACACAAGGCCGUUGCAUUCUAAUCGGACGCCGAAGGCCGAGCGCCCGUGCCGGUACAUCCGGCGUGGGGACGAGGAUUUAGCGGUGGUGGCUUUGCACGCCACCUGUGGAAGCUUCUGGAUGUGCCGUCGCUGCAGGAUCGGCAGGACGAAGCAUAACGGCUCUUGCGGUUUCGAAGCGCGCGUUCAGGACGUCAGCCGGGUCAUGCUGAUCGUCGCAGGCGGCUGCUCAGAUGUGGUCGCAGGAAAGGAAAAGAAAAACCGAAAUCUCGAGCUGAGCACAAAGUUCCUUCAAAACUCCGGAAGAUUGCAGAAUCAAGCACUGACUCGCGUCGCAUGCCAAACGCUGAAGGCAACGACUGCACCAGCUCGCAAGUGA